AUGAAAAACUGCUCCAAAAACGAAAACACUGCAAAAAGCACCGAUUUUUGGCUCUCUGUUUGGAAGAAGUGGUGCUUAGAGAAGAAAAUUACAGAUGAAAUAGAAAAUUAUGAGCCGGCUGAGCUUAACACUUUGCUCGAGCAUUUCUACGCCGAAGUAAAAAAUAAACAAGGUGAAGAUUAUGAACCAGAAAGCCUCAAAGUAAUGAUGGCAUCGCUUGACAGACACUUAAAGAACAAAGGCUACACCUUGUCCAUUGUACGUGACCGAGAAUUUAGUUCGUCCAAACAGGUGUUGGAAGGCAAAGCGAAACAGCUUCGCUUGGCUGGCCGUGGUAAGCGCCCAAAGAAAGCUCGACAAGUAUCAGAGGAGGAAGAAGAAAUUCUCUGGAAGAGCGGAAAACUCGGAGGUAAUAACCCAGAAUCUUUAAUUCAAACAAUGUGGUGGCUCCUUACCCAACACUUUGGUCUUCGAGGAAGGCAAGAACACCACGGAAUGAGACUGGAGGAUUUCAGAAUCAUGAACGGUGACGACGGCAUCGAAUUUGUUGAGUUUGCAGAGGGGCCUACGAAAACAAGACCUGGAGGUUUGAGUGCAAAGCCAAGAUAGUUCCAGCCCAAAAUGUUUCAGACCGGGGAAGGAAAAUGUCCAGUUGCUUUAUUUCGUCAGUACAUUAGCCGUAGACCUUCCAAUCUGAGGACGAGUGGUCCAUUUUAUCUCUCGAUAAAGUACAACAGACGAGCCGACGACGAAAUUUGGUACAAGGUACAGCCCAUGGGAGAAAAUAAAAUCAACUCCAUGAUGAAGAGCAUCAUCUCCGGAACCAGCUUUGAGACAUCUGAGAAGCGGUUUUCCAAUCACAGUGCUCGUAAAACAGUAGUCAGCAAAAUGAAAAAGGCGAAUCUCGAAAGGUCGGCAAUUGCAAAAGUCACUGGUCACAGAAAUAUCCAAUCUUUAGAUGACUAUGAUGAAGCAGACGAAGACGAACAGCGACAGCUUUCGUGGGCCAUCUCA